AACGCAGACUCGCUGGUAUUGACACCGAGCCCCGGGAUAAUUAAGGACAACUAGCAGGAAGUGUCUGAGCUGGCCGUGUAAGGACCGUUGGUGCCGCGGUUCAGAAUCAGCGCGAUGGCGACAGAGCCCCUCUUUAUCAGCGGCAUUAGCCACAUCGAGCGGCGAAAAGGAGAGCAUAUUCCACCAGACGCCCUCGUGGAGCUGUAUCAACAGCACAAGGCUGAACAGGCGCGCAUAUUGGCGCAGGCACAAGCUCAGGCGCAAGCACAGGCAAAGGCUGCAAAGGCGGCGGACGGCCAGCUCACUAAGGAGCAGCUACUCGCGAUCAUGGAGGCGCAGCGCACCUCUGCAACAAAGGUGCCCAUCGGGCGCGGGUCCGCGGCGGCGCCGGCGGCAGGCGGCGGCCGCGGGGGGCAUCACCACCACCAUCACCAGGGUAGGACAGGCGGCGGAGGGCGCGGGCGUGGCGGCGGCGCGGCGGCGGCGGCUCGCGCCAAGGCGGCGGCGGCUCGGAAGUACGCGGACGACGACGACGAUGAGGCGGACGGCACGGACCAGUGGGUGCAGUGCAGCCUGUGCCAGCAGUGGCGCCAGGUGCCUGACGAGUUCUGGCAGGAGAUCAACAACGCGGACGAGGACGAGGACUGGACCUGCAAGGACGCCAAGUGGCCGGUGGUGGACUACGAGCCAGGCACGCCCGCCUGCUGCUGAGGGGCUGUGGGGCGGCGUGUGUCGGGUCCGUGCGUGUGCGUGGUGAGGUCUGAUGUGGUGUGCGGUGGGCAGGGGAGGGGAAGGUGUGGGGGCUGGAAGUACCAGCCCAAACUGAACUAAACCAAGCGAAGCUAGCGGGGUGCAGGCAGAGGCGGAAGAUUGAGGCGGUCGGAGGCAGUUGGGACUUCCAUUCAUGCUGCUGCCUGCAAACAAGGUGAUGAGACGGACCUGCAGAGUGGGCACGCGCGGGAGCCGCGGCAGCGGCGACCAGUACGGCGAGCGGCAGUGCGGAACGCUCGGCGCACACGUGCAGCACCGGUUGGCAACGUGUGAGGUUGAGGGACCGCGGUGCCGCUGUAGCGCUGGUGCCGGCGCGCCGGGUGGCGGGGAGGCCGGUGUGCCGUGCAGAUGUGGCUGCGGCUGUGGCAGGUCGUGGCUGGCUGAGGCGUCGCGGAGGGCCGGCGUAAGGGUGGCAUUGCUGUUUGGAGGGUGGGGGAGGUGGGGCAUGCCGGCAAUCUGAAGGCGUGGAUCCCGCCAGACACGCGGCCGGCGCUGGCGCUUGUGCCGGUGCUGGUGCUGGCGGUGUGCAGCAGUGGCGCGGAAGGCGGCAUGGCAGGGCGCACUGACAACUGCAUGUGUGUGUAGGCGCGGACCCGCCUCAGGGUUGGGAGAUGAUGAGGGGUGUCGAGCGAGUGGGGCGGCGGCAUCCAGCUGGCACGCAAGCACACACCCAGCACGAGCGCAGGGUUGGUGGUUGCACAUACAGAACUGUGGACUGCGGGCGAUGCGAUGGCGCAUACUAGUUGGAGAAGGACUUGACUACCCGUAGUCCUUGCUGCUCUUCCGUACUGUCGGAUUGGGCGGCACGGCCGGGGCUGUGGAGGUGGAUGCGUUGCUGUGGUGGAAGCGGCCGGCAGGGGGAAGGGAAAGGUGCUCCGGGUGGGGGGAGGCGUGGCCGCGUGGCCCGCGGGUCUGCAGCCCUCUCGGGGGUCUCCUGCUCUCUCGAGCCGAUGCUUUUGUUGUGAUUUGUGUGUGGUGUCGAAAGCGGCAAGAGCGGAGCGAUAGAAAGCUGUACCGCAUCUACGGAAGCGGAUCGGUGUGAAAACUCAGCAUGUUCU